ACCUCGUACCCAGAGUUCAAUGCAGUAUAUUAGCGGGAUUUUUGAUCGCUGGAGAGUGGAGAUAUAUUUAUUUUGAAGUUGAACGCAUUAUCACUGAUUUUUCUAUUUGUAUGUUGUAUCAGCUUUACCAAGAUUCAAUAACUAGUUGUGGAAUAGAUAUAGAUGGCAAACAAAAUGGGUUUCGCUCUCUUUGACUUUUUUAAUGAGAAUGCGGUUGACAUCGGCAAGGUUUCGUGGAUCCAAGAGCCUUCGUCUUUGACAAUGGAAUCCGUGUCGGAGAAUGAAACUGUUGUUAAAGUGGCGUGGCCCAAAGGCGGAGUGGAGGGGAGCGAUAUCCAAUUGUCGCUGGCUAAGGUGGUCAAGUUUGCAGCUCAACGUAAGCAGCUUCUGCGGCACAGGGACGAGUUUGUGCGGUUAGGCAGUGCAGAGCUGCAGUCACCGGAACUGGGCCGAGGGAAGAGAGAACCGAAGAGGAAGCUCUCGGACAUCGAAGACCAUGAUGAAGAACCAUCCCUUCCCAAACCACCUUCAAACGCUGCCAAGAAGAAGAAGACAAUGAGCAGCAUGACAUCAUCGGUAUUGGAACAGCUGAAGGAAAAGUAUUCACACAGCCACGACAACAGUGGACCGCCCGAAGCCGCAUGUUCGCAUCCCGACCAGGAAUGCCGCAAAUGCAAACUACUUCAACAACAAAUAGACAUCCUUGAGGAGGAGAAAGCUACAUUGCUGGCGUCAUUGAGAAUGAACAAAAUCGCUGGAGAUGUUGUUGCCAAAUUGGAGCUGCUAUGUCACACGCCAGCUCCAAAGCUGCCAGAUAUGACAAUGCCCAUGAGGACACCUCCAAGUCCCUUCAAUCGAGAGUCAAGUACACUGAGAGAUGGAGAUGAUGGAGAUGCAUCGGUUGCUGGUUCCCCAUCAGCAAAAAAGUUCCCAAUAGCAAAGUGGCAGAUUAGGCGAUGUUCGACCACCUCGCUGCAGAAAUUCAUCAAUGACCUCCUCCAUGGCCUGUAUUGCACAGAGUACAUGGCCAAGCACUCACUUACUGGCUACAAGGCCAGUAAGGAGUCUGAUGCUGGCAAGAGGAAGGACAGCAUUCCACAAGAAGAGGUUGCUGAAAUAAUUGCGGCAGCAAAACAAAUCUUCGCCACCAAGACGGACAUGGAGGUACGGCUGGCCAUCCGCCAGAAACUGAAUGGGGCUGCCAAAGUGGUCUCGGCGAGGAAAGUGGCAACACCUCCAGACGCCAGCCAAUAGAGUACAGAUUCAUCAUUCAUUUCAUUAUCCCAGAAGGUCUCUUGGCCCAAAUUCGCAUAACUUGCGAAAAAGUAGCUUACCGGCAUAACAAUAUUAUAUUAAACCUUGUAUAUUGGGAUAUAAUAAAUAAAUAUAAAUAAUAAAUGUAUAUAGCCCAAUGUUCUAUUACAUUUAUGCUCAGUUUGUAUGCUCUAAUCUUGGUACUUUUAACACACAUGCUUAUUUAAGGUACUUUAUAUUUGCUUGGAUAGUAACAUAUUUUACUCACUGCCAUGCUUCACAAUUUUUAUUGUAUUCUGAUGUAAAUGCUCCAGAAUUUCUGUGACUGCAUCUGUAUGUAUACGUUGAUCACUUUUGUUAUGUAACUAAUUAUCUGUUACAACUGGAGAUUAAAGCUAAGUGACAUAACAAUA